AUGGCAGCCCGGCGUAUAAUCCAACCCCACGAGAACAGUGUGAUCGCCGAGUCUCGGGUAGAGGAAGGAUCACAACCGGGUGAAGAUAUCGGUCCUAAACGAGGAACAACAAGUCUCGGUAGCCGAUGCCGUCAAGCCCUCUCGUUUCCUAUUGCCGCCUUCAUCGUCCUCUUCCGGUGGACAGAAAGCCUGUGA